CUUUAUUCUCUUUCAGAAUCCGGGAACCAACUGUGUUGAAACGUUAUAGCUUUUCUUUCUCACUGGAAGAAGAGGAGUAGCCCAAAAAUGGCAGAAAGCAGUGUUACGUUUUUCCUGGAGAAGUUGAGCAACUUGGUUUUACAAGAAGCUUCUCUAUUUGGAGAAGUAGAAGGCCAGGUGAAGCUGCUGCGCAAUGAGCUCAAAUGGAUGCGCCUCUUCCUGAAAGACGCGGAUUCAAAUUGCAUAUACGAUGAAAGAAUCAAGCUGUGGGUGGAGCAGAUCAGAGAGGUAGCCCAUGAUGCUGAAGAUGUCAUCGAUGAGUUCAUCUUCAACAUGGAUCACCAGAGGCAGAAAAGGCUCAAAAAUCUCAAGUUCCUUAAGCGCUUACCUACCUGCGUAGGAUUCGCGGACAAGUUACCGUUCAUCCACGAGCUCGACAGUCGGGUGAAGGAGAUCAAUGUCAUGAUAGAGAAGAUCAUGGUCAAUAGAUCCAAGUAUGGUCUUGAAGCCCUAGUGACUCCCAGCUCGACCAGUACUGAUCAUGGAGUUUCUCAGCAGGAGCGGCGGACCCCAACUGUUAAAGAGGCUGACGUGGUGGAGAUCAAAGAUGGUAUGGAGGUGGUGAAGCAGAUGCUGAUUAAGGAAGAUCCGAUGCGGCCGAGAGCAGUGGUGUCCAUUGUGGGAAUGGGCGGCCUAGGCAAGACAACUCUUGCUAAGAAAGUCUACAAUCAUAGUGAUGUUAAGCAGCACUUUGAUUGUCAAGCUUGGGUUUAUGUCUCUCAAGAAUUCAAGCCAAGGGAGUUUCUACUCAGCAUCAUCAGUUCUGUCAUGUCCCUCAGCAAUGAAGAAAAGAAAGUAAUGAGAGAGAUGGGAGAGGACGAGCUAAGUGGGAAGCUUCGUGAAUGCCUCAACGACAAGAAGUACCUGGUAGCCAUGGAUGAUGUAUGGAGUAUUGAAGCUUGGAGUAGCUUGCGCUUCCAUUUUCCUAAGUCUAUGAAUGGCAGCAAAGUGCUGAUGACCACCCGAAAUAAAGAAAUUGCUGCACAAGCCAAUCCGCAUGAAGUUGUUGGGCACACCGAUUCACAGGCUCUUGUCUAUGAACUCCGGAUUAUGGAUGAUGAUGAGAGUUGGGAGCUCUUUCUCAAGAAGACUUUUGGAGCGCGAGAUAGUACACCUGUUACUUUAUCUAAAGCGUUGGAGGAAUUGGGAAGGAAAAUUGUGGCAAAAUGUAAAGGUUUGCCCCUUGCGAUUGUGGUGUUAGGAGGCUUAUUGUGGACGAAAGAGAAGACAGAACCAUCAUGGGAGAGAGUGCUUGCAAGUAUAGAUUGGCAUCUGAAUCGAGGCCCGGAGUCAUGUUUUGGAAUUCUGGCCUUAAGUUACAAUGACUUGCCUUAUUACUUGAAGUCAUGUUUUCUUUACUGUGGUAUUUUCCCAGAAGACUCUGAAAUCAAGGCUAGUAAGUUGAUUCACUUAUGGAUUGCUGAAGGUUUUGUUCAAAGAAGAGGCAAAGAAAAGUUGGAAGACAUUGCUGAAGAUUAUUUGUAUGAACUGAUCCACAGAAGCAUGGUUCAGGUGGCUCGAAAGAAGGCAAAUGGAAGAGUGAUGUCUUGUCGCAUACAUGAUCUCCUUCGGGACCUUGCUAUUUCAGAGGCCAGAGAUGCAAAACUUUUUGAGGUACAUGAAAACAUUGAUUUCACCUUUCCUAAUAGCGUUCGUCGGUUAAGCAUUCAUCAACAUCUCGUCAAGAACAACAUUUCUCAGCAUUUGCAUAAUUCACUUCUUAGAUCUUUGAUUUUCUUUACUGACCCUAUUGAGAGAAGGGAUUGGAGAUCUAUACGAGAGCACGUUAAAUUGCUUAGUGUAUUGGAUCUAGGGAGGAUAGAGGGGAAUUAUAUCCUCCCAAAGGAGAUAGGAGAACUCAUCCACUUGAAAUUCUUCUGUAUAAAGGGAAGGAAUAGUGUAACGCUUCCAUCAUCCAUUAAGAGACUUGUUAAUCUGCAAAAUCUCAAUUUAGGAUACAAUGAUUCCUACAUACCUUGUACAAUUUGGAAAUUGCGGGAGUUGAGACAUCUAAAUUGUCGUCGUGGCGAGAUCUCAAGUCAAUUCAAAUUAAAUAGUGCAUGAAUGUAUUUGGGUGUGGAGCAACUCACCAAUCUUCAAACAUUAGCAUUACAGGCAGGAAGUUGGUUGGAGGGGGAUGGGUUAGGAAAACUUACCCAACUUAGGAAACUACAUUUAAGGGGAUGGUUGACUCCGUAUUUGAAGGGGUUUUUUGAUUCUAUUGCUGAAUUGACAACUCUUCAGACCUUGUUUUUGAUGGAUUCGACGGUUUAUAAGAAAAAGACAUUAUUAAAUCAGGUUGGAUUGAAGUGGCAGGAGAAUGUUGUUGAAGAGAAAAUAUUGAUACCAGAACACAUGUCUUUCUCACGCCACACCUAUCUCUAUAAAGUGCACCUAGAUGGAAAGGUGGACAAGUUACCAGAGCAAACUGAAUUCUACCCUCCCAACCUCCUCAAACUCACUUUGCGCAAAUGUGAGCUAGAGGAUGACCCAAUGUUGAUUCUAGAGAAGCUCCCAACCUUGAGAAUUCUUCGAUUAGCAUAUGGCUCAUAUGUUGGAAAGAAAAUGGUUUGUUCCUUUGGAGGAUUUCUUCAACUCGAAAGCCUAGAACUGGACCAUUUAUAUGGAUUAGAAGAAUUGACAGUUGAGGAAGGAGCAAUGUGUAAUAUGAGGAAUCUACAGAUUUUGUAUUGUCAUCAAAUGAAAAAAUUUCCUCAUGGAUUGUUGCAGAUGAAAAAACUUGAGAAAUUGGGGCUGAGAACAAGAAGCAAAGAAUUAAUUGAAGAGGUCCAGCAAACAGAGGGAGAAGAGUGGGAUAGAAUUCGUCUCAUCACGUCCAUAAAUAAUUAAUUGGUGUUCCAGCUUGUUUCUUUUUCUCAUGUUCGUUUCUUUUUGGAAUUUAUGUACUUUCAUUAGUUUGUUAUGGAAUAAUCUUAUGAAUAUUGAAAAGUAGCUUCUUAGGAAGUUAAUCAUUUUUACGUGUACAUGUAUUAUUUGUUUUCUUUGUUAAUCAACAUUCACUCUUUAUUCCAA